AAAUCAUGUAAGUUUUUCUUCUGUCAGACGCACGGUGGGAAAGGCGCAUGAAAACAGUGGAAAGAUUAGAAAAAAAAGUAAUUUAAUUAUAAUACCUUAAUCAUGGGUUCUAAUUAGCUUAAAAGGGGAUAAACAAGAGAUAAAUAGCAAGCAAUGCGAUUUCUUCUAAAGAGAAAGAAUUAUUCACACACACAGAGGGCAUUUUACUCUUUGGUUAGAGCUCUGCGCCGACAACAUUAUGCUGGUAACCAUCGAUUUUGGCACUUUUUGUCAAGUUUCAUCACAUUUAAUGUUGUCAUACAAUUACACGAGUCAAUGUUUGACCUAGCUACAUCAAAACAAUGCAAAAAAUGUUGCAAAUCGUUUGCACAAUUUCGUUGAAGCGGGAAAAAACAACAACCUUUGGUCACUGUCUGCCAUCGAAGCGCAACGUAUGAUCCAGCCUGGCCCGGCUCAAAACCAGCAAUGCAGCGGACUUUGACAGCCGAGCGCACGUUGUGUCAUUCGUCUCCGUUUUCCACCCAUCAUUCGCUCGCCCGUUUCCAGCCGCGAGGAAAAUCCACGAGGAAUUUCGUCUUUUGCGGAAAAGCAAGCGGUGCCCGUCUUUUUGCCGUACGUGCGGAACCCAAGUAGCUAGUGUGCAUCGUAUCGCCAUGGCGGAUCUGGAUGAUUUCUUCGCCAAGAAGGACAAAAAGAAGGGCAAGGCGAAAAAGUUUGGCACCGCCGAGGAGAUAGCCAAGCAGCUAGAUGACACGUCGAAGAAGGUCGUCGAAAGUAAGAUGAAGCUGCGACCGGUGGAUUCGGAUGGCAAACACGAUCCCAACGAGCCGGAAGACGAGUGGAAGGUGUUCGAGGAGACGAAGAAGGACUACAGCGGACUGAAAUUGGCACAGCUGAAUAUAGACGACGAUGCGAACCAUCACGAUUCGGAGAACUCGGGCGGCAUGCACGAUCCGUCCUACGAUGGAGAGGGCCGGGAAGGCGAAGAGCGCGAUCCAAACAAACCGUGGAUGAAAAAGGAUGCAGCGAAUGCAGCGAAGAAGGAGAAGGCUGCACCGGCCCCGGAGGCUCCAGCAACCACAAGCAAUAUUUAUAUCAGUCCAGCAAUGAAAAGUCUCAUGGCAAAACAGAAACAGAAGAAAGGCAUCGCGCCGGAUCUACAGAGCGAGGAGUACUUCCCGACGCUGGGCCAGGAAAAGCCGGCUGAAGCCCCCAAACCGCCGAAAGUGGACCCGUCGUUCGAGGAGGUGAAGCACGGCGUGCGGGCGAAAACGGUCGAACAGUCCUCAACCAGCGGCCAGAUCAGUAUCGGCAACCGGUUCAACUCACUGAACAACGAUGCGAGCUAGGGACCAAGUUCCGCGCGCCGCCCAGUAUCGUUUUAAACUUUUAUACAACUACCGUGCUACACACUACUACUGCUGCUGCAUCAAUAUAUGUUGCGCGCCGCCUACUACGUUCUCGUACUCUCUCUCUCACCCUCUCUGUUAACUGCAUUUGGGUCGGUGCCUUGGGUCGUUCCGUUUGAGAGCCGCCGGAUGGAAUUUGUGUAGGAGUUUUCCUUUUGUUUUCGUUUCUCAUCUGCUUUUUGUUUAUUGUUCCCUGCCCCAGACCAGCCAGUACGGCUCCCUUUGAUCGUUGUGCAUGUGUGUGUCAUGCGAGCCUGAUUUCGAUUUGUAUCCUGAACAAUUGCUGCACUGUUGCCGAGCGAGUGCACGAUUGGCUGUGGCUGAACGGCUGCCCUACUGCCCCCGAGUUUGUAUAAAUUGCAACUACAAAUGAAAUAAAAUCGUAAAAAGGGAACCUCGGAA